CGCGCGCCAAGACCUGGCUCCGGACUUGGGCUGGUAGUGCCUGGUAGUGCCACGGAAAGCGUGAGUCUGGAGUCCGGAACGGAAGGGGCUCGGCCGGGAGGUCUUCCGAAAAUGAGGCCGGUUGGAGGCGUCCAGAGUAGCUACGCUUGGCAGAAGUCAGUAACAUCUGGGAGUCCCUGACAGACCUCCCUUGGAGACAUUGGAGACAUCUGGAUGGUGAAGCUGGGGACUUGGCUUUUGAAAAGUCCUGGAGCUGGACUUAAGAGAAGAGCUGAACACAUUCCUUUCUAGACUAGGGGUUUGGCAGAGUUAGGGAUCCCUCAUGGUGUUGGAUGUGGGAGAUCAGUGCCUAACCUGCAACAUGCAGAGCUGCCUUGAAAUGUUCCAGUCAUCUUCCAACAGCAAUACCCUCCGCAUCCCUGUUUUCCAAGUGAGGAAACAGGCUCAGCAUGGCUAAGUGACUUGCCUGGGUUGACACAGGGGACAGGAUCUGUCCUCAGGUACCGUUCUGCCUUAUUAUUUUGGAAAGUCAAGCCAGCUGAUAAGAGCAUGCCUCUGUGCCAGUGGGGUGCCAUCAGCAAGGCCAGCAAACAAAACAGGGAUGGAGCUCAGCCCUUGGCCACCACCAGUGGAGGCCUGAAAGUGCUUCUGCACUGGGCUGGCCCUAGUGGUGGUGACCCCUGGGUCAUCUUCAGCGAGGACACCCUGAUGGCAGAGGAGAUUUGUAUCCACAUCGCAAACAAAGUUGGCAUCACUCCACCCUGCUUUAAUCUCUUCGCCCUCUUUGAUGCCCAGGCCCAAGUUUGGUUGCCCCCAAACCACACACUGCAGGCCUCUAGAGAUAAGAGCCUAAUAUUGUACUUCCGUAUGAGGUUUUAUUUCCGGAACUGGCAUGGCAUGAAUCCUGAGGAGCCGACUGUGUACCGUUGUGGGCCCCCAGGGACUGAGGUUUCCUCAGAACGGGCAGAGCAUGGGGUGCAACUUCUGGACCCAGCCUCCUUUGAAUAUCUCUUUGAGCAGGGCAAGCAUGACUUUGUGAAUGAUGUGGCAUCGUUGGAGGAGCUGUCAAAUGAGGAAGCGAUCCACCACUUUAAGAAUGAGAGUCUGGGUAUGGCCUUUCUGCAUCUCUGCCACCUUGCUCUCCGCAGUGGUGAUCCCCUGGAGGAAGUGGCGAAAAAGAUCAGUUUCCAGGACUGCAUCCCAUGCUCUUUCCGGCGGCAGAUCCGGCAGUACAGUGUGUUGACAAGGCUGCGCCUGCGGAACCUCUUCCACCAGUUCCUGCGGGACUUCCAGCCAGGCUGCCUCUCCCAGCAGGUGGUCAUGGUCAAGUAUCUGGCCACACUGGAGUGCUUGGCACCCCGCUUCGGCACAGAGUGCAUGCCAGUGUGCCAGCUGGAGCUACUGACCCAGGCCGCGGGAGCACCCUGCUUCAUUCCGGACAGUGGUCAGGCCCUUCCAGAGCCUGCACCAGCACCCACUGCCAGGCCCCCCACCCACGAGGUGCUAGUGACUGGCACUGGUGGCAUCCAGUGGCGGCCAUUCCCAGCAGUGGGGCCCAGCGGUAGUGUCAGGAAUCGCCCUGCUGGUCGAACUGGAAAGAAAGCUAAGGCCCAAGAAGGGAGUAAGCAGCCAGCAGACAAGCCACGGGAGGCACCGUGGACCUACUUCUGUGACUUCCACGACAUCACCCACAUGGUGCUGAAAGAGUGCCACGUCAGCAUCCACUGCCAGGACCAGUUCUUGGAGCUGGCUCUGCCUUCCCGGGAUGCCGCCCUGUCCUUGGUGUCGCUGGUAGAUGGCUAUUUCCGCCUGACGUCGGAUUCCAGCCAUUAUCUGUGCCACGAAGUGGCGCCCCCGCGGCUUGUGAUGAGCAUCCAGGAGGGUAUCCAUGGACCCCUGCUGGAGCCAUUCGUGCUCGCCAAGCUGCGCGUGGAGGAUGGCCUGUACCUCAUUCACUGGAGCACCAGUCACUUCAGCCGCCUCAUCCUAACGGUGGCCCAGCGCGACCAGACACCCGGUGCCCAGAGUUGGCGUCUACGCAAGUUCCCCAUUGAGCUGCAGGCCGGGGCCUUUACACUGGAGGGCUGGGACCGGUCCUUCUCCAGCAUGAGGGAUCUGCGGGCUGCCCUACAGGGCUGCUCACUGCGAGCUGGCCAAGACUGCUUCUCCCUGCGCCGCUGCUGUCUGCCACAGCCAGGAGAGUUCUCCAAUCUUGUUAUCCUGAGGGGGUCUCGGGCCAGCACCAGACCACCCAACCUCAGCCAUCUCAGCUUCCAUCGAAUUAGCUGGGACAAGAUCACCCGGCUGUCCCACUUGGGCCAGGGCACCAGGACCAAUGUGUAUGAGGGCCUCUUAGUAGUCACAGACAGAGACCACGAGGACAAGACAGAUGGCGGGGGCUUUGGUCAGGACCUGCGAGUGAUACUCAAGGUGCUGGACUCUAGCCACCACAACAUUGCCCUGGCCUUCUAUGAGACAGCCAGCCUCAUGAGCCAGGUCUCCCACGUGCACCUGGCCUUCGUGCAUGGCGUCUGUGUGCAUGGCUCCGAGAACAUCAUGGUGACUGAGUAUGUGGAGCACGGGCCUUUGGAUGUUUGCCUACGGCGGAGGAGGGGCUGUGUGCCCGUGGCCUGGAAGGUGGCGGUGGCCCAGCAACUAGCCAGAGCCCUCAGCUACCUGGAGGAUAAGAGCCUAGUCCAUGGAAAUGUGUGUGGCCGGAACAUUCUUCUGGCGCGGCUGGGACUGACAGAGGGCACCAGUCCCUUCAUCAAGCUGAGUGACCCUGGUGUGGGCCUGGGGGCCCUCUGCAGGGAGGAGUGGAUAGAACGGAUACCCUGGAUGGCCCCCGAAUGUUUGUCUGGUGCGGACAACAGCCUCAGUACUGCAGCUGACAAAUGGAGCUUUGGUGCCACCCUCCUGGAGAUCUGCUUCGAUGGGGAGAACCCCCUGCAUGGACUUGGCCCCUCUGAGAAAGAGCACUUCUACCAGAAGCAGCACCCGCUGCCCCAGCCUUCCUCCCCAGAACUGGCAGUGCUUACCAGCCAAUGCCUGAAUUAUGAGCCAGGCCAGCGGCCAUCCUUCCGCACCAUCCUGCGUGACCUCACUCAACUGCAGCCCCAAAAUCUUGUUGAUGUUUUGGCUGUGAAACCGGACUCACCAACGUCAGACUCCACCGUUUUCCACAAGCGCUAUUUGAAAAAGAUUAGAGACCUGGGCGAGGGUCACUUUGGCAAAGUCAGCCUGUAUUGCUAUGACCCGGACAACGAUGGCACUGGCGAGAUGGUGGCCGUGAAGGCCCUCAAAACUGGUUGCAGCCCCCAGCUGCUCACUGGCUGGAUACGAGAGAUUGACAUACUGCGCAAGCUCUACCACAAGCACAUCGUCACGUACAAGGGCUGCUGCAGCCACCAAGGGGAGAAAUCAGUGCAGCUUGUGAUGGAGUACAUGCCUCUGGGCAGCCUCCGAGACUACCUGCCCCACCACAGUGUUGGGCUGGCCCAGUUGUUGCUCUUCGCCCUGCAGAUCUGUGAGGGCAUGGCCUACCUGCACUCGCAGCACUACAUCCACCGAGACCUGGCUGCCCGCAACGUGCUGCUGGACAACGACAGAAUGGUCAAGAUUGGGGACUUUGGCCUAGCCAAGGCUGUACCUGAAGGCCAUGAAUACUACCGCGUCCACGAGGAUGGGGAUAGCCCCGUGUUCUGGUAUGCCCUAGAGUGUCUGAAGGAAUGCAAAUUCUACUAUGCAUCUGAUGUCUGGUCCUUUGGGGUCACCAUGUAUGAGCUGCUGACCCACUGUGAGUCCAGCCAGAGCCCUCCAUCGAAAUUCAGUGAACUCAUAGGCCUCAACCAGGGCCAGAGGACAGUGCUGAAGCUCACUGAGCUCUUAGAACGAGGAGAGCGGCUCCCUCAGCCAGACAAGUGUCCCUCUGAGAUCUAUCUCCUCAUGAAGAACUGCUGGGAGGCAGAGGCCUCGUUUCGCCCGACCUUCCAGAACCUCAUCCCCAUUCUCAGGACAGUCCAUGAGAAAUACCAAGGCCAGGCCCCCUCAGUGUUCAAUGGAUGCUGAAGCCCACUGGCAGCUCUACUUGGGGAGAUGGGAACAGAUGGUGCGCACAGAGAGAGACUCCCGCUGCCCACACAAGCGAAACUCAAUAUGAGAGCAUGGCCUCAUUCACACCGCCUGACUCCCGUUGGAGGCCUCACUUGUGUGAGCUGACUUUGCUGUGAGCUGACUUAAUCCCUUCAGCUGCUGUAAGCCCAUGGACAGGGUGGCUUACAAACAACAGACAUUUAUUUCUGCCAGUUCUGAAGCCUGGGAGUCCAAAAUCAGUGCAUUCUAGUGAAGGUGCCCUUUCUGGUUCCUGCUGGUUCAUAGCUACUCAUGCCUGCCUGUGCUCUCAGAAGGAAGAGGAGGAUAGAGUUCUUACUGGGGUCACUUUUGUAUAAGAUGUUAAUCCCAUUUGUGCAGAUUCCUCUCUCAUAACCUAAGCACCUCUCAAAGGGCUCCACCCUCUAAUAUUACACUGAAGAAAUCCAACAUGAAUUGCAAGGGGACAUAAACAUUCAGACCAUAACACCUUCCAUGGGUGAGCCUGAGCCAGGCCUCUGAGGGACUCAAGACAAGCAAGGAGCCAACCAGGCUCUUGAAUCUGAUCUUUUACCUCCUUCCAGCUCUCACUUUCUCAACUUGCUGAUAAUAAACUCACUAUUUCUGCAGCCA